CUAGGGCCACUCGCAAGUUUCCUGUCUGGUAAUGCUCGAGCCCUGCCCAGAGACGCAGGCAGCAGAGCUGGCCCACAGGCAGGCAGGGGAGGCAGAGCUGGGGACACUUACCUCCUAUUUGACAGGCAGACAGACGGACGGCAGGACGGAUACACGGGUGGGGGCUGUGCUAGGCGGCUCGGCGGCAGGCUGGUGGAAGAUGUCGUCCGGAGCCGGCGGGAGGGGAGGAAGGCGGCUCAGAGGGACGGCAGGCGGCGGGGGCGGCGGAGGCCGAGGAGGAGCAGGAGAGGCCGAAGAGGGUCCUGUGGGGAUCCCCUUCCCCGAGCACAGCGCGGACAUCCUGGGCAGCCUCAACAAGCAGCGGCUCAGCGGUCUGCUGUGCGACGUGCUGCUGGUCACGCAGGACAGAGAGUUCCCAGCGCACCGGUCCGUCUUGGCCUCCUGCAGCUCCUACUUCCACAAGCUGUUCACUUCGGGAGCAGCCGCCGAUCAACGCAACGUCUAUAACAUCGACUUUGUGGCGGCGGAGGCUCUCGGAGCGCUGCUGGACUUUGCCUACACGGCCACGCUGACCGUCAGCCACAGCAGCGUGGCUGACAUCCUCGCGGCCGCACGCCUCCUAGAGAUCCCACCCGUUCAGGACGUCUGUACACACCUGCUGGACACCAAAGUGCUCUCCCCGCCGACGGGCAGUGAGCAAAGAAACGAGGAUGAUUUGAGGGGGAGAGAAGGAAGCGAGCAGGGAAACCAGGUUAUGGCCCAGGAGUUCCUAGAGUACUUCCAGAGAGGGGCGCACUGGAGCAGCAGCUGCAGCACGCCAGAGCUCAGGGACCCGCCCUCACACCUGCACUUUAACCACGGCGGGACCCCCACCAACGGUGCACCCGGUGGCCCCGGUGAGUACUACUCCCCCCUUGCCCUUGCUUUGGCCCAGGCCCCCACCCACGAGCCAGAAGAGGAAGAAGAGGAGGAAGAGGAUGAUGAGGACGGGGAAGCGGUGCAGGGCAACGGAAUAAGCCUCGGGUCAUUUUACUACCCGCCCUCCCAGAACGGGCACUUCUACCUCCCCCCUGAGGCUCGGCCGGGGCAUGACAGGCCAGAGACGGAAGACGGCGCCCUGCAGCUGAUGGCGAGGGAGAGGGGCUCGGCUAGUGCCCUCUUGCAGCAGAUGAUGGACUCCAUCGAGAGGCAGAAGCAGCGUGGGGCUGCCGGGGAGGAUCCGGACGACGGGGAUGACCCGGAUAUGGAAUUUUACUACAAUUACUUCAACAGCACUCAGCUUGAGGACACGCCUACUGCUGCUCUAACGCCGGGUGUGCCGUCACUGUGGUUGUCACGGGGCAACAGCGGCCACGACAGAGUCAGCAGAGGGGUGAGGGGUGUCGGCGAGAGGGGCAGCGGGAGCGGCGGAGGCGGCGGGGAGAGGAAGAUGCGCUCGAAGGCCUUUCAGAAAUGCCCCAUAUGCUCCAAGGUCAUUCAAGGAGCAGGCAAGCUACCCCGCCACAUCCGAACACACACGGGGGAGAAACCCUAUGAGUGCACCAUCUGCAAAGUGCGCUUUACCAGGCAGGACAAGCUCAAGGUUCACAUGCGGAAGCAUACGGGAGAGAAGCCUUACCUUUGUACGCAAUGUGGGGCGGCCUUCGCUCACAACUAUGACCUGAAGAACCACAUGCGCGUUCACACUGGCCUGCGCCCCUACCAGUGCUCCAGCUGCUUUAAGACUUUCGUACGCUCCGACCAUCUGCACCGCCACCUCAAGAAGGACGGCUGCAACGGCAUCCCGUCUCGCCGAGGCCGAAAGCCUCGGGUGAGAGAGCCUGGGCUCCUGGAUGCCCCGUUGGGCCUGCUGAGCCCCGGCUCAGACACUGGCCUGGAGCCUCACAUCAUCAAGGGACGGCAGCUCUCGGAAGCUCUCAAGUCUGAGGUGGAGGGGCCCCUCGCACACAGCCCACAGCUAGCAAGAGGGCCGGACCAUGAGACAAACACUUAAGAAUUUGAUGGACACCCUCACAAACAUCACUCUGCUCCGCCUGUCCACACAGAGGAGGAAAAAACAGACUUUAAAGAAUAUAUAUGUAAAAACAACAACUAUUGCUCUAUAAACCAAAUCAGGGUGUCACAAAAAUGUUAAUCUUCACAGUUCUUUCUUUCUUUUACUUUGGAGAAAAAAAAGUACGACGUGAAAGCACUUGAGUCGGUUUAAAGAGCAAAGAACGCUUCAAAUCACGCACCCACAAUGUCCACUUUCUGGGCCUUUCUUAUCAAUAAUAAUAGGGGGUUUUAUACAUUGGCAUAAUGUAUAAAGGACACUAAGAAACUAUGCAGUUGACUUUAGGUUUUUAUUAUCGGUCGAGCUCUGAGCAAAGGUGUCUGAGCUCCUUCCGGCUGCCGUACGGGUGAAGCGAGGACAAAUCUUUCCAUGAGAAAACAGCUUUUUUUUCCUUUUUUAUUCUUUUGCAGGUCUAGAGAUGUACAGUUACCAUAGAAACAACGUUGCCAUAAUAUGGCAUAUGCAAGGAAACUCACCACAUUUGUGAUGCAACAGCUUGCUCGCUCGCUCACUCUCCAAAUGCUCCAGAAAGAAUAGACAAGGGUUUGAUUGAAGUGUUACUUACUCGAUAAAAAAAAACAUAUAUAAAUACAUUGGGAGAAUCGAUUGUUUAUCUUUGCGAAUGAGUCGAAUCCACAUGGGUGGAGGCUCGAGGAUUGCAGGACAAGGGAGUACGAGGCUCUGUGUUUUUAAAACGCUACCACUGCCCUCACACCCCUGCAAUUUAAGUUUUUCUGUCUUAAUCUUUUGGUCUUUUUUUUUUUUUUGUUGACUGGGUACUUGACACUUUAUAAUUGUAUACAUGUAUAUACAGCAUGGGGCGAUAUGACAUCCCUGUUAACUGUUCUGGCUUCUCCUCGUGGGCUGGAUGUCUUAUUUCUUACAGCGUUGGCAAACCCGUAUGAAUGUUUGUUGAGCGAUAGCAUGGGUCACCUGAGGGGGAAGAAAAACACUUGACAGUUCCUGCCUAAAAAUGAUGAGCAUUGGAAAUGAUUGAGUGAAUGUGCUUCACUUUGUGCAGUGUGUCCUUGUUUGACAGGGUGCAGGUUUAAGGCACGACAGGGAACCCAAAUGAGAAUGUUGAAGAGAAAAGAUGAGCACCUCUUUUUCUUUGUUUGCACAGCUUAAGGGAAGACAUCCAAUAGUAAAAGGGGCGCGGGUAUAUUUAAAGGAAGAUAAUUGUUUUCUUCUUCUUUUGUUUAAAUAGUUUUCCUUUUUGGGACCACACAACCUGGGCGAUGUAGAAAGCGGUAAAUACCUGUCCAAGUCAGCAGGCCAAAUAGGAGUCCAGCUGCAGCUGGUUCGCGAGAGGGGAGGGGGACCUCGCCAUGUCUGUUGCAUUCCAAAAAAAUAAUCCCCCCCAGCUCAGCCACGUUUCCAUGCAGGAGGAGGGUGGGGGAUCAGAUCAGGCCUCUCUCUCUCUCUCUCUCUCUCUCUCUCUCUCUCUCUCUCUCUCUCUCUCUCUCUCUCUCUCUCUCUCGCCCCCUCUCCCCCUCUCUGUGGUCCUCUAAUGCCCUUAAGGGAUAUGAUUAUAAUAGAGCUUGGUGUUACCGUGGGUGCAUGCAUAUGUCUGUGUGUGUGUGUGUGUGUGCGUGGCAGCCAGGGUCCCUCUGGCCACAUCAUCAUGUGUGUGAGUCAGCCCCAGCCUGUUCAAACAUGCACCUUGAGCUGCCAGCCUCAGCGCACUUCACUCUCUCUCCUAAAAUCCACGUUUCCACCCAGCAGUCCAUUUCGCUCCACUGCGGUAUAGUUUGGACUGGUAAAUGCUGAUCAGACUUGGGUUGCCAUUGCGCGGUGUAGGGGGCGACAUUAUUCGUAAAUGCGUAACAUGGUUGGAGUAAAUUCCUCUCUCUGUAUUCUUACAUUGUAAUGUAACACGGGGGAAGGCGAACAAUCGUCUCUCGACCAAUCAGCAAACAGGUGUGGCUUAAACUCCACUCUACAAAGCAACGUAGCUUCUGAGUUUCCCUGCUGGCAAAUAGGUGGUGAACAAUACAGGUCCGAUACUUAGAGAACCUUUACAGUGGGAACACUGACGAAAACCAAAUUGUACUGCUUGGUGGAAACAAGCCCAAGACAUGAGAAAGGAAUCAUUCUGAGUUCACUGAUCUUUGAAUUAGGGAUGGGCAUUUAAAUAGAUUGCUUCAAUCGACUAAUGCAAAAAUUAACCAUCAAUUAAUUAUUUUGUUCUACGUGAAUGUUUUGAACUCCUGUUUCUGCAUACAGAGGAGUUGACGGAGCUUGACUUCCCAUAGGCGACGUCAUGUUUUUCAUCUUUAGACCACAGAUUAGUUGAGCCUGAUUCAGCAGUACAGUACUGCACACCGUUUUCACAGAUUUGUUAACGCCAAUCAAUUUUUUUGCCCAUCCCUACUUGGAAUAUCCCCAAAACUUUCCAAACCGAGAGCCCCUCCCAGCCUGAUACAAGACCAUCUCUCCUGUACGCCUCCUGUCCUGAAUUGCACCUUAAUCAGAACGAGACAGUUUCUGAAAGCACUUUGUUACAACAAGGGCACUUUUGUCAACAAAACGGGUACUUUUGAGAAAAAAAAAAAGUUGCAAAUGAGAUCGGCCCUUUCUUCUCUCAGUGGUGGUAAAAAAAAAUGCUCAUUUUCCUUGUUUUGUUUUUAGGGUUGACAACAAGCUGCCAAACGGGAAAGAAAUUAGUGCUCUAGAAGAAAGGCCUGGUAAAAGAUGAGUUAAUUUAACUGAUUGCACUUGAAGUUAGCUGUCUAAAUGUCUUAAGGUAGAGGGAGGGUGUUGUGUGUUUUGUGUGUGUGCGUGCGUGUGUGUGUGCGUGCGUGCGUGUGUGUGUGCGCGCGUGUGUGUGUGUGUGCGUGCGUGCGCGCGCAAGCAUGCAUUACUGUCUGGUGGACUGGAGGAUCUCGGGACGAGCUGGUGUAAACAAACGUUGCUCCAUCUGUUCCCCGGCUCCCCUCCUAAGUGUGUGAUGAUAACGGGCCCCUAACGUUGUAAAACACCUCAUCGGACAGUCGCUUGUUUACUUCACAGCUCUCUGGGCGCACAUUUGCAUAAAUCUUGGUUUACCCUCGCUGGUCAUUGUCGGCGGCUGUCCGGGCCUUGAGAGUGUAGGUUUUAUGUAUUUCUCUUGAGUCCCUGAUCUCGUAAAAAAUGCGAACUGAUGUCUGUACCGCGUAGUAUGGACCCUAAACCAGUUUUGUUCCCAAAUAACCUAUGAGCCAUCUAAACCUGUGUAUAUUUGGACCUUUACAUAGUCUCAGGGUGCUUUCACGCUUGCAACAUUUAGUCUGCUUUAAUCAACUGCAAUCCGUUUUCCUUGUGUGAACAAAGUGAUUGAACUUGGGUGCAGACCAAAUCAACCGGUCUGUGUAGUUUCAAACAAACUCUUUGGUUGUGCGGAAAAAGCGAAACUGGGAGUGAACAAAUCAGUUUCACCCCUAAACAAAACACAGCUUUGCUUUCGCAUGAAUACGGUUUAGAUGGAAAGCGGGAAACAAAGCCAUAAACUGAUAGGGAGCAAGAAAGCAAAUUACCGGUGUGAAAGCAUCCUGAUGUUACUUGAUAUAUUUCUCUCAUACUAGGCUGGUACCUGUACUGGUUUCAAGCUAAAGAGCCAAAAGUAUCACCGGUUCUUGGAGCUGGGGGUUGUGACCACAGGUCACUGGAGCAAACAUUCAACCGCCAUCUUACGGCAAGAAGCCAGCAAACUAUAGUCGUGCUGCUUCCAAAACGGAUGCAAGCCAAGCACCAGAACAGAACUAGCACUGGCACCAGCUCCGUGUGAAAGGGAUAUCAUUUGUCCAAACUGGGCCUCCCUGAAUAGAAACAGGUUUAAGGAUGUAAAUUAUUUUCUGACUUUGCUUGAAGUUACGCUACAACGCAGCUCCCGUAUGCGUGAAUGUUGGAUUUGGUUGAGGUCUUAACAGGCCCUCAUUGCCAGGAAGGGUGGGGGUAAACAGAUAGCUGGGUCGGGUGUCUUGUCUGGGAUUUCAAGCCUGUUAGCACUGGAAGUGGUGCUUUAGCUGAGCGUAGCGCAAACAUUUGCACUAAUUGUCAAUGUUCUUGUCCUGCUGGUGGGAGACAACCUCAGAAAGGUCACAUGGUUUCCGUGUGGACUUGGGUCGGUCCUGCCCAAUAGAAGUAAUCAUGUAUAGUAUAUGUGUAUACGUCCAACCUUGACUAAUACCAAAGGAGAACAAAGACAUUAAGAUAGUUUAAGAUGUACCAAUCGAAUGUUGGAUCAUUAGUGUUUGAAACCCAUGUGAAUCCAACUUGGGUGGUUUUGUUUUGUGAGAGAUUACAAAUUUGGGCCGCUCAUUAGAAAUAUGUGGGUUGGUCCUGCUAUGAUCAGAUCAUUGUACAAAGAUAUGAUACUUACAGAUGAGAUGUAUUUUCAGUCCAACUGAUGAAUAAUUAAUCACUAAAUUUCACUUUUUACUAAAUUAUAAGAAACGAGUUUAUUCGUUCCAUUGGUUCUGUGAUUGUGUUGACUUUUGUGCGAUCUUGCAAUGUGGAGCUCCGGCUCACUCCCGCCAGGUGAGCCUUACGUGGGCCCUCUUUGACCAAACCCACGCCUUGUGCUUUUACCACAGAACACCUUGUUUUGUGUUUUGUUUUCCUCUGCCCCGUGUUUUUCAGACCAAACUCUUAUGAGCUGACGCUAAUCGUGCAGAUGUUUAAGCUUUACUUGAAUUAAUUUAUUAUUUUUAUUCUUACCUUGUUUGCCGCUAAACUCCCAAGAGUUCUGCAGUGGCUCCCCCCUUGUCUGAUUCUUGUGUUUUUCCAAAUGGACCUUGACUUCUGUUUCUGUCUUACUCUUUUAUCAAAGAUUUUUUGCUGAUUAUAUCUGAGAAAGCCAUAAAACAAGACCAACAACCAUGAUAAAGAUGUUUCUUCUUUUUAAAGGAGAGAUGAAGUGACUGUUAAUGAGUUUAGUGGCAUCAGAAGCUAGGAGGGACUGGGACUCUUGUCGCCGGUGUGCUUUUGUAGCAGAUGAUUGGAAUUUUUCCCAUCUGGCUGGAUAUGCAGCAUGGCCCUCAACGCAGUGUGCUUGUGGCACUACCUAACAAACGGUGGACUUCUCCCAGUUUCUAACGCAAGGUCUGCCGCCCUUGGUCCUAAUGAAAGUUGGGCUAACCCCAGAUCUGAGGAAAGGUGGGGCGCCAGCAGUUCUUAGCUGGGCUGCGGCCAUGUCCCAUACCAUCAAGCUCUAAGAAAAGGUGCACUGCCCAUGGGUCUUAAUAGUAGGGACUCUGCCAUCAGAUCGGAAGGAAUGGCGUGCCACCCAUAGGUCUUACGUUAUGGGGGUCUGCUCUCAGGUUCAAACGGAAAAUGGACUGCCCUUAGUUCAAGGUGGGCUGUUAUCAGGUCCUACAAUAGAAGUGCUGCCCCCAGGUUUUGGCGAUGUGAGGUGGUGGGUGCCCUGUAGUUCAUAAGAAAAGGAGGGCCGCCCCCAUUUCAGAAAAAAGUGGCCUGCUGUCAUGCGCAGGGGUGUGCCCGGCUCCUAAGUGACAAUGGGCUGUCCCAUGUCAUAGGAAAAGGUGGGCCAUCCUCAGUUCUUUUUUAAAAAAAAAAAAAAAGAAAAAAAAAAGGGCCAUCCUCUGGUCUUAACGAAGGAUGGGCUGCUCCCGGGGGAAGUGUGGAUCAUUUGUACCUCCUGGCUCUGAGCAUACAAAGAUUGUAGAAAGAGCCAUUACAGGGGUAAGGGGGUAGGGGGAUGGGUUGUGAUGUUUUCAGGGACGGGGUAGCUUGUGUAGUUUUUGGAAAGGCGUGGCCAAAACGUCCAGAAGAUGCAGAAUAUUUCGGGUCUCCUUUUGCCUCUUUUGCAAGUACUUCUCAGGUGGAAACGAACACUGCUAUGCAUCGGCUUUCUUCGUUAUGUGUGUCAUACCAUGCUGUAGAUGUUCCCUCGCUAAUUAGCAGACACAAGAAAAAGGAGGGCUGGGCUCAUUGUGAAGCGUGAUACUGAUUUGGUACCUUGUAGAAGGGAGCCGUCUGUCUCUUUAGUCAGUCUCAUUGUUUUGAAGAGUAGCACCAGGCCUGCGUUGUGCAGCCACUGAAAGCAAACAUUCCAUAACUUCAUACUGUGAUUCCCCCUUCAUAUUCCGUGCAUGUGACGGCGUUGCUUUUUUUUUUUUUUUUUUUUCCCCUCUCAGCUUCUGCGAUUGUAAACGUUAGCACUUUGCGAUAAAAAGGCCAUCCUCCAUUGUGUUUUGAUGAUUUCCUUUUUGCUUUCUGGUUGCCUGGGUGAUGCAAUUUCAAUUCCCAUCGUGAGAAAAUGCACUUGAAUUGUAGCGUGGAAGAUGGACGCCUUAUUGGCUAUUGCCCUUCACUUGCUUGCUUAGCAGGGAGAAAUGUGAUUGGUUCUCAUUUCGGGGGACUCUUUCGAAGCUGUGCUGAAUGUAGUAUAGGGGUGGGUGACCUACUGUCCGCCAGAGCAUUCGAUGCAGCCCGCCAUAAAAGGAAAUAAAACCUCAGUCUUAAGGAAAAAGGUUCCCCACCCCUGUUGUGUAGGUCAAGGCUGGAUCAGGUAUCCAUCUUUGGGCGCUUUUUUUUUUGCAAAUCAGCACAAUGUUAUUGCAGUCCAGUGGGAAGAAAGGACAAUAACCUGGGAGACAAAUCUAGAUAGUAGGCUACUAUUUAUUUCAAGCAUCGUCAGUGAGGUUUCUAAAGUGGCCUAUUAAGUGUCUCAUUUACCAACACAAACUGGGAUGUUAAAUUGUAAACAAACACGAGUCACAUCAGGCACCAAAAUACAUGACCACGCUAAAUAUCUGGAUCUAAAUGUAUGACAAAAGGAUUGAGAAAAAAAAAAAAAAAAAGUUAAAUUUUUCAAGUGACGACGUGUAGUUUGUUUGCUUUGUGACUCGUGUUUUCUUAGUUUGCUCCACUUGUUUAUGAAGCUGCAAGCAGUUGAAUUGUUUUGGGGAGAAUUUGCACUUUCUGGUGAUGAGAAAAGAAAAAAAAACUAUGUAUAUGAGACCACUACAUCCACACACUCAAAAAUCAUAUAAUUCCAUGU